AUGGACGGGAACAAAGCUGGGGCAUCGUUGGAUUCCUUGAUGUCUUCCUUCAACGCUCGAAUAACUCAGCUUCAGGAGCUCGUCAUUGCACGAAACAUGUACCCUGCGAGUGCCAUCGCGGAUCUGUCGGCGGUGGACGCGGCGGUGAGCGCGAUGGAGCUUCAGCAAAAGAAACUCCAGAAUAUGUCUCUUCAUGUUCCGUCCCAAAUGGCUGAUAGAAUGACAGUGUUACACUCAGAAACUAGUAGAUGUUUGUUUCCUGAAUAUUCUGGAUCACUUGAGGCCUUGAAACUUGACCAGGAGCCUGCAGCAGUACCUAAGGAGAAAAAGGGUCGUGGUUCUCCACCAACGUGGUAUGUUACUGGAAGUGAGUUAGAUUCUUUGUCAUCAUAUAUGAGAGGCCGGCUUACUCUAGAGAAGGUGAAUGCAGCAAUUAAUGAUAUGGUGUCUUAUGCCGAAUCAAAUUCUCAACUUAUCGUAGCCCCGAAAAAGAAGUUGGCGGAAAAUCUUUGGGAAAAAGCCCUGGAAAUAAGGGAUAUUGCGACCAUGGAAGGGAUUAAAGGAAAACACUUUUUUCUUGAGGCUGAUAUAAAAGGGCCAUCGCUGAAACUUGACAACACUGGAAAAGCAAUACUGACUGUUCUUCGUCACCUUGGCCGAAUCAAUGAAACUCGUGUUGGACAUAAUCGGGUCAUCAUCCUACAGAAGCCUCACUAA